AGCGGUGCGGGUCCUCGCAGUGUGGUCGAGAGAUGGAUGCGAGCAGGACGGGACGGGGCAAUACUAAGAGCAAAGCCACAAUUCCGAUACAGCACGAACAGUUAUAAUUUCCUCGUCGUCCGCAGCGGUGGAGAAGGAGGAGGAGAGCGGGAUGGAUUGUCAUUAAAUGCCGCUGUUUUUAAAAACAACGCCGCUGGCUUCUGUGAACUCCAGCUGGGCUCUACCUUCUUCAUGGAGGAGGGUCUCAAGCCCGUUUAAAUUAUCCCCUGUCAGGUGUAUAUGAGCCGCCGAGAUCAUCCACACUGCUCCUAUGGAUCGGUUCAAUGGAUUCCUUCAAAUCCUCAUUUAAUAAUAACUCAAGCGCCACUGGCUCUGCUUCCCAGUCAGCCAAGGCCGACAGCGCGGCGGCGGCGGUGGUCGGCUGCCAGCGGAGCCCCUCCAUCGCCGCUGCAGCCCCGUCGCCAGCCUCAGCCCCUGCGGUCUCUGGAUACUGGACGGCCGUCUUUGACUACGAUGCCAGCGCGGAGGACGAGCUCAGCCUGCGGAAGGGGGAUUGGGUGGAGGUCCUGUCCAAGGACUCGUUGGUCUCCGGGGACGAAGGCUGGUGGACAGGAAAGAUCGAGGAGAGGGUCGGCAUCUUCCCUAGCAACUACGUGAGCAGCGGGCAGGGCAUCUCUGACCAGCUGAGGGGCAAGGCGGCGGACGAGUAUGCGGGGUGCCCCGCACUGCCCUUACACCUGCUGGAGAUUGACUUUGCUGAGCUGACCCUGGAGGAGAUCAUUGGGGUGGGUGGGUUUGGGAAGGUGUACCGGGCGCUGUGGCGGGGGGAGGAGGUGGCAGUGAAGGCUGCGCGGCGGGACCCCGACGAGGAGGUGGGUCAGACUCUGGAGAACGUGCGGCAGGAGGCCAAGCUGUUUGCCAUGCUGCGGCACCCCAACAUCAUGGCGCUGUGCGGGGUGUGCCUGCUGGAGCCCAACCUCUGCCUGGUCAUAGAGUUUGCCCGCGGGGGCUCCCUGAACCGCGUGCUGUCCGGCAAGAGGAUCCCUCCCCACACGCUGGUGGACUGGGCCGUGCAGAUUGCCAGGGGCAUGCACUACCUGCACUGCCAGGCCAUAGUGCCCAUCAUACAUAGAGACCUCAAGUCCAGCAACAUCCUGAUUCUGGAGAAGGUAGAGAACGAGGACCUGGGGAACAAGACCCUGAAGAUCACGGAUUUUGGGCUGGCACGGGAGUGGCACAAGACCACCAAGAUGAGCGCGGCGGGCACCUACGCUUGGAUGGCACCUGAGGUCAUCCGCUCCUCCACAUUCUCCAAGGGCAGCGACGUGUGGAGUUACGGAGUGCUGCUGUGGGAGCUCCUCACUGGCGAGGUGCCCUUCCGCGGGAUCGAUGGACUGGCCGUGGCGUACGGCGUGGCCAUGAACAAGCUGGCUCUGCCCAUCCCCUCCACCUGCCCAGAGCCCUUCGCCAGGCUCAUGGAGGACUGCUGGAACGCAGACCCCCAUGCCCGGCCCUCCUUCACCAGUAUCCGGGACCAGCUGACUGCCAUCGAGGAGUCAGGCUUCUUUGAGAUGCCCUCCGAGUCCUUCCACUCCCUGCAGGACGACUGGAAGCUGGAGGUGGAGGAGAUGUUUGAGCAGCUGCGAGCCAAAGAGAAGGAGCUGCAUUCUUGGGAGGAGGAGCUGAGCCGAGCUGCACUGCAGCAGAAGAACCAGGAGGAGGCGCUGCGCAGGCGCGAGCAGGAGCUGGCUGAGAGAGAGAUUGAUAUCCUGGAGAGGGAGCUGAAUAUCAUCAUCCACCAGCUGUACCAGGAGAAGCCUCGCGUGGAGAGCCGCAAGGGCAAGUUCCGCCGCAGCCGGCUUAAACUGAGGGACGGGAACAACCGGAUCAGCCUGCCCUCGGAUUUCCAGCACAAGAUCACAGUGCAGGCCUCCCCGACGCUGGACCGCAGGAAAAGUCUGAUGAGCAGCAGCUCUAGCCCCCCUGCCAGCCCCACCAUCAUCCCCCGACUGAGAGCCAUCCAGCUGACCCCCGGAGACAGUAACCAGGGCUGGGGGCGCAAUGCUGCCUUCCAGCCGGAUGGAGACGAGGAAGAGAGGAAGGGCCACAGGAGGAAGGGCCGAACCUGGGGGCUGCAAUGCGGGGAGGAGAGUGUGAAGGUGCUGGGCGAUGGGAACAAGCAGCGGUCCUGCAGCGCCCCCAGCCUGGCCCGGGCCCCCCGGGGCAGCCCUGCGGUGCCAGGGGUCCCCAGCCUCAUGGAGAUGGAGGAUGAAGAAGACUGUUUCAUCAAGGAGGUGGAAAACACGACCCCGCCCACAACCCACCCCAGCCACACCUACCUCUGCAUCCCCUUCCAUCGGGGGGAGGGGGAGGGGCCUGUCACUGAGGGCAGCGGGGAGUACAGCCCUCCUGUCUCCGCCCCCGACACUCCCACCACCAUCACCACCAGCAGCAGUGUGAAGCGAAGCCCUUCCAUGGCCAGCAGGUCUGAGCUGGUACUGCUGGGCUGUGGGGCUGUGUUGGCUGCCGUAGGGCUGGGCCUGGACCUGCUGGGGGUCAGCAGGCAGGGGGAGCGGCAGACCAAGAGGGAGGGCUUCUUCCACCGCCGCAGCGCCAGCUCCCCCUCUCGCAAGCUGUUCCCCAAGGAGAGUUCCCUCCCCCCAGCCGCUCUCCCCUCCUCCCUGUCCUCUCUCUCGGACUGUAACUCCAUGCGCUCCCUGCUGCACUCUGACAGCGAGGAGCUGCUGGCCUACCGCCUUCCAGGGGCACUGGCGAACCCUCUGGUCAACACCCACCUGGAGAGCUUCAAACGGCACCCGCGCCAGUCCCUGACCCCCACUCACCUCCCCGCCCCCAGCGCACCACGCCAGCCCCUGCGCAGGACCCCCUCCGACGGGGCCAUCAAGAGGGGCACUGCAGAGGGGGCCCGUGCCGGGACAGCCAGCAGCCCAAGGCGUGACGACACGCCGGUCCCCCGUCUCCCGGACCCCAAUCUGGUGUUCCCCCCGACCCCUCGGCGCCGCUGCCCCGCCUCUCUGCAGGACCCCACCCCCGAGCGUCCCAAGACCCUGGACUUCCUGUCACGGCCCCGGCCCACCGCCCGGCCUCGCCUGGACCCCUGGGGGCGCUGCGACUCCCCGGCACACAGCUCCAGCACCGGCACCCCCCCCACCCUGGACUCAAGUGGGGGCAGUGGGGGGAGCGCGCCCGAGGAGAGGCCUGGGCUGCUUGACCAGGACGUGGAGGGGCAGAGCCGCGACCCCACCCUCCCCCUCUGCAGCGCGUACAGCUGGGCCCCCUACCGCCUCAAACACAACUUCUGGUCCUAGCGUGCCUGCCACCCCUCCACCACACCAACAGCAGAGCCCACACAUGCUGGCAAGGCACUUUACUGUUGGGAUUUUAGUAUUAUUAUUUAUUCAUAUUUAUUAUUGCUUUUUAAGUGCUGCCAAAUUGAAAACCCAACCAUUCCCAAAUCUUCCUCCCAACAUUGAUUUGCUUUUUGUGCGGUUUGCAAUCAUUCUGAGUGGUUCUUAUUGCAAUUCAUAAUAUAUUGUUUUAUUCAUUUUCCUUUUUGUGUGUUAAGGUACUUUGACUUUGAGUUGAGGAACUGCUCUUCAGUUCGAAUUGCCUGCCAUAGACAUAAUGUAACCCAGGCUAUACAAAGUGUCUUGAAUCAGUAAGAGCUCAGGUAUGUAUUCUCAGCAAUACAAAAGAAAACUCAAUUGAAAAUGGCAGAUCACUAAAUGGCGCUAUCCCCUCUUUCGGCUGUUCUGUCCUGGGUUACACAUAUCUAUGGCAGGCAGCUGCAACCGAAAAGCAGUUCCUAAACUCAGGUCCAGUUUGAGUCAUUGCAAUAAAAAACUCACCGAACGCUUGUAAACAUUACGAAAGGAUAUUCUGAAGCUUCUUGCUUGUAACCAAGGUUGAUCCAAUUCCAAUCGGAAGCAUCCUAUAAGGACUCUCUUCCUCAGCAUGGUCAGAUCAGAACUCUUUGAAGACUGCUGGUUUGUGGUGGUGGGGCAUUCAUUAACAGUGUUACCCUUACUACUCAGACCGCUUGCUCACUCAAUAUCUUUGUAUCCCUGCAUAGAUGAUUGUCCUUCAAACAGAAGAUUUUAACAAGCAAGCUGUCCCGCCAGUGCAGUGGCACCCUAGGUCCAUUUAGAAUGACUGUCUGGUGGGAUAUUUUGUUCCAAAAUGUUUUUCCUGCAGCGACUGGUAUCAUGUUGAAUGUUGUGUACAUUUAGACCGUAUGGUCUGGCCAGCUCUUCUUCUGAGAUUAACUGUGUAUUGGGAUGGAGGGACCAGCAGAUAGAUGGACUGGAAACCGCUAUGCAAAGCCAGAGGAGGAUAUCAUUGCCCCUCUCCAUUCCUGGCUGCAGUCCAGCUUUAACUGCAUAGCAACCCAAUUGUCCAGAUCAGACCUGUAUUGCUCCAGUGCACUCCCCUGCAUUCUCCAGAUCAGACCCCUCUGCCGUGCAUCUCCCGCUGAAAUGGAACUGCCAAGCAGGGCUGGGACCAGCAUGAAUGUAGCAAGCCAGCUGAAUGUCUAACUGUCCUGUAAUCUUACUGCUGGUUGUGCGUCACUUUCUCUGUGUCAGUUUGCUCCACUUGCCUCCCACGGGGAACUCAAAGUGGGCAUGUUCUGGCCAUUCAUCUGCUGUGAGUAGCCAGGCAGCGACCAGCUUCAGGCUCCAUUCUCCCACCCUGUGUUUCUAAUUAAAUAUUGUUACGGAGUAACUUUUUUUGUGGGUAAGAAUUAGCACAGUUAGCUAAGGCAUUCAUGUUUUGAGAAUCAUACUGUAUCAUGUUCUGUUUCAAUCAUCACGUCCUGGUGUCUUUCCAAAACUCAGCAGUUUAAAAGAGAUCUCAAUCAUAUCUUCUUGCUACAUACAGCAGAAACCCCAGAGUGUAACCAAUAAGCUGUCCCCCUGCAACACCCUGCAGUCUAGUGGAUUUAUGAAAUCCUGUGUUUGUUCUUUGUGGUAUUUCACAGUGAUGUACAGUACUUCUUCCACUCAGCGGGGGCAGUGUUGUUAGAGGAGAGGUUGGUUGUUACACUCUGGUGUACCAGAUGUACUUGAAGGUUAGAAAUGAUUCUGAAGGGCUCCCGAGUGACACACCCUUUAGUCUGGACGUCACCGGUUUGAGUCCAGGCUAUUCCACAGCCGACCGGGGACCAGUGUGUCCUUGGCUUACCGCGCACCAGUGACCCCUGUGGUCUGGCCAAGCGCCUGCAGACGUGCCUGUAAG